ACAUGAAUGUACUGACUACUGAUCCACAAUUUUUUCAGAUAUUUUCAGUGAUCGUGUUCUCGUCUCGUUUUCCGUUUAUGUUGAAGAAUUGAAGAAUUUCAAAUGCAAAACUAUAGAUCAAGCAGUGGAUAAUACAAAAUUGUAGUGCACUAGUAGUGAUAGUGAUUAGUUGUUUCCAUUUUUGUCCAUCCAUUACGAUGGAGGACAAGUUGAUGUUGGAUGAUAUUUCCAGCAGUUUAAGAGAAAGAGUAUUUUUUGCUGCUCGAGAUGGCAUGGCUCUCACCCUUUACGCAUUACUCUAUGAGAAAAAUACUGACGAGAUCGAUGACCUUCUAAACAACGACGUGUGCAGUGAUGGAGUGAAAUGCACCCCACUUAUCGCAGCCUCUAGGCAUGGCCGAGAGGCAGCUGUCCGUAUACUCUUAGAGAAAUUCCGUCCCCCCGUAAGACUGGAGACAGAAGGAACUGUCAAAUUUGAUGAAUACGUAAUUGAAGUAUUUUACCAUUGUGUUGAUGAACAAUUUACAGGUGCUACAGCAUUAUGGUGUGCAGCAGGGGCUGGACACCUGGGCAUCGUGAAACGGCUGGUGCGGGCCGGCGCAAACGUGAAUCACGCGACGAAGACGCUCAGUACCCCGCUCCGAGCGGCCUGUUUCGACGGCCGCUUGGACAUCGUCAAGUAUUUGGUCAGGCAUGGCGCUGACAUACACAAGGCGAAUAAAUACAAUAACACGUGCUUGAUGAUCGCCGCCUAUAAGGGACAUUUGGAUGUCGUACAGUUUCUCCUCGAUAGUGGUGCGAGAGUGGACGAGCGUGCGCUGUGCGGUGCAACUGCACUGCACUUCGCGGCUGAGUGCGGGCACGCGGCCGUCGUCUGCGCGCUCAUAGACCACAACGCGAAGAUUCUUACUAACCAGAAUGGUAUGACGCCGUUGCAAUGCGCGGCGGAACGGGCUCGCGCCUCUGUAGUGGAGAUACUUGCGGCGCGGUCGGAGGUCACUCGCGCGCAGGCCAUCGAGGCGUUCGAACUGCUCGGCGCGUCCUUCGCUAACGACAAGGAGUAUUAUUGCUUGCGGAUGGCGUAUCAAUAUCUACACAGAGCAAUGACGAUGAGGUACGACACCAGAUAUGGUUUAUUGUUGAAAAAACCGGCCGAUCCCAUACCGGCUUACGAUAAUUGGAGAGAAAGCACUACGCUGGAGGAGGUGGAGCGCUUGCACGGCAACGGGCACGCGCUGCACAUGGAGGGGCUGGCGGUGCGCGAGCGCAUCCUGGGCGCGGCGUGCCCCGACCUGCCGCACCCGGUCGUGUUCCGCGGCGCCGUGUUCGCGGACGAGGCGCGCUUCGACCGCUGCCUCGCGCUCUGGCGGCACGCGCUCAUGCUGCGGCACCUCAACGCGGUGAGAUCCUAUGGGAAAUUUCAGACAAGCAAGGUGUCAGUCGUAAAAGAUCUCUUAAGGUUCGCCCAAGUGUUUUCACAAAUGAUACAUAUUGGUAUCGAAUUACCGUUAAAUCAGGUAUGUUACGUAUUGGAAGCAUGUGCGGAGGAAUUAAGAAGGGGAACUAAGAGACUCGAAAAGCCGCAAGCGAACCACGACCCUGAGGCCUUGAUAGAGGAGUACGAGAGCAAUGUGCGAACCGCGCUAUAUUUGGUUGCCGUGGCCGCGAGGCUUUUGGAAAAUCCUAAUAAUGAUGAGGAGACGACGUGUGCGAUACGUCGCGCGGUGUUCUCGCUGCGUACAGCGCGACUACGGUCCGGUGGGACAUUGUUGCACUUGGCGGUAGACAGACGGACGCCGGUUGACGACUUUCACACGAGCGAUGUGUGCCAAUUUCCCUGCACAAGGACAACAAGGUUGCUACUAGAUUGCGGGGUCGAUGUCGACGCGGCAGAUGAUUCGAGAAGGACAGCGCUGCAUGUAGCUUUAUUGUCCUAUCAGCUUAUGCCGGACGAGCGCGAGGCGUGGAGCGAGUCGCUGUGCGGGUGCGUGUGCGAGCUGCUGGCGCGGGGCGCGCACGUGGACGCGAUGGACGCGGACGGGAUCACGCCGCUAGUCGCCGCUAUUGAUGGUCCCGCGGAAAGUAUAGUCCGUUCAGCACUAAACCCCAGACUUAGUUGUCUGUCGGCUGCCGCACUAGCCCUCCACGGCGUUCGGUACCGACCCGACCAAGUGCCCAGAGAUCUGCACGGUUUCCUCAUCAUGCAUGGCGUAUAUCCUUUAUAAAUGUACCGAUAAUUAGAUUGGAAUACGAAUUCUCUUAUGCUUUUGUGAGCUUUAUGUACAUGGACAUAAGGCACAGUUUUGAUGACACCUAUAUAUCUUACCCAAUUUUCGAAUUGGAAAGUGAAUUCUCUUAUGCUAUUCUGAGCUUUAUGACACAAAACAUAAGGCACAGUUUUUAUGAUACCUAAGUAUAUAUCUUAUCCAGUUUGUAUUUAUUCUUAUUUGGUCUUCCUUUUCGUUAUAUAUUGGUCUCGAUUGACACAAAUGUUUAGGUCACUCGUGUACUCUAAUAUGUUCCUUGAUUUGGGAUUUCUAAAUUUCUCAAAUGGUCUUCCUAUUAGUUUUAUCUUUUGUAUGAGUGAACCGAAAAUUUAUAUGUAUUAAAAUUGUUAACUGUUUUCUGUUAUUAUUAAAUUAAAAUGUAUAAUACGAUAGGUAUACUGCGAUAGCGUCUGAGAAUUCGAUUGUAAACAGAAACAUUGCAAAAUAAUUUCCUUCUAAUAAAUAUUACUAUGCCUCUGAAAAUAUAUGUAUAUUAUUUGUUUAUUUACAUAUUCCAUAAUAUAUCUUAUAUUCUUACUGUCAUGUUUCACUCCCUAAAACUGUUGCUAUAUAUUAAUAGUAAUCAACGUUUGACUGGUCUUGGCUUUUCAUAAAAGUUUGUAUCCAUGUAUAACAUACACAUAGAAUAUGUAAAUAAGCCAAAUUUUUAUUUAAACGACUCUGACGUAGACUGUAGUGCUGAAUAGAUACAGUAAGAUUCACGAAAGAUGACCACGGCGCAGAAGGCAUAUUUUAGGUCCCUAUGGAGGUGAGGAGAGGUGCGGGCGGAUUAAAUUUUAAAUAAAUAAAAAAUAAAUUAUUUAACCAACAUUAAAAUAUUAUUUUGUCUUAUGUCUUUUCUUCAUGAGUGAACGUGCGCAGACGGCCGCCAUUUGUGGUCAUCUUUCGUGAAUCGUACUGUACUUAGUUGUUAUUUUAAACCUAAAAUAACAAGGUAGGUUAGCCCGUAUGACGUCACAGUAUAAUGGUUGUAUUCAAGUGAUAUUAUUUAUUGUUGGAAUUCUCAAAUAUACAAUAAUAUGUUAUGCUUUAACUGGACAUAUUGUAAUUUGUUAAAAUAGAUAUAGUUAAAGGAAUUUCAUCCUUAUUUUCAUAUACUUAAAGGCUUUGAAAAAAGUUUUAUCAAAUCUCUAUUUCAAAUUAUAGCUAGUAUGAUUCUUACAAAGUUAAAUGCAAAGUGCUAAAUAGUAUUGAAUGGUAUAACCAUAUUUUUAUAAAUUACAUUAAUAAUGUUGCCGUUACAAUUAUUAUGAAGGAAUUAUUUUUUGGGGCAAGAACUUUGUUUUCAUUUUUUUUUCUGCUCAGUUUGAAUUUUGAACAGAGAAAUAGUUUUUUUUAUUCAAAAUAUCUGGACGCAGAUAACCUCAACAUUACAGUUUACGAAUAUCGUAGUACAUAUUAUUAGAAAUGAUGUGAUUUUAUUGGAAUCGUGACUGUUGUGUAAAAAUUACAACUUAGUAAGAAUGUUGGUUGCUACACAUUUAUUAGACUACAAAAUAUAUAUUUUCGUUACAUAUAGUCACGAUGCUAUGAGGACCUGUGUUUCUAUAAAUACUGAUGCAAAACAACUGCAAUUAUUUUAAAUGUUUAUUUAAUUUAAGUUAAAUAUUAAAUAUUUUAAUAUUAUUAACAGCGGUCUAUGUUAUCUGUGUUAAUAUUCAUUAUUUGACUGAUUUCACUAUCUGCCAUUUUGUUUAACAUCUUUAUUUUUUGAAUAGCAUUUACGUUUACGAAUUGUGACGAUCUAAAUAAUUACUACUUUCAUGAAAUAUUCGUAAAAUAAAAUGUGUAUAAAUAUUGAUGUAUGAACACAGGGUUUUGUAUGUGUUCGUGUGACGCAACAUUUAAUAAUAUAAAAUGGCUCAAAUUAAUAGACGUAAGAAUGCUAGGAAGCUUGUAAUGAUAUUUAAGAGAUAGGUGAUAUGAGUAAACGAGGUGACUUAUAUACAUAAUAUAAAAAGGAUGGAUAUAUAAAUAUACAUUACCUAUAUAACACCUAUUCGAUUCGAUCUCAAUUAAGGGUUUACGGUAUCAAUGUACCUUUCUUAAUUAUCAUUGCAAUUAGAGGGAAAAUAAAAAUGUGAUAAAUUUUAGGUUAUGUUAGCGUAAGAUAAGUCUCACGAGGCUUCUAGAAUAGCAUACAUUGAUUUAGGCCUUUGCAAAAUUGUUAUAAAAGGUGUUUCUUCUGUAGAGUAGAUUGUAUAAUGCAAUAGAGAUAUAAAGCAACGUUGCGAAGGUAUUAUCGCGUCUAUUGUUUGCAAAUGUGAAACAAAAAAAAAAGAGUGUGUGAACUUAUGUAUGUACACGCGUUAGAAGUUAUACUUCUUUGGCGUAUGGAAAAAAAAAAUACUAGAAUAUACAACUUGAACA